AUGAAGUUCAUCACUCUCUCCGCCAUUGCUUCGAUCCUUGCCGCCCCUCUGGCAGUCCUGGCCGCGCCUGCUUCCCCGGCCGACUCGGCCACCCAGGUCAGCGUUUCCUACGACACCAGCUACGACAAUGCCAACCUGGAUCUCUCGACCGUGGCCUGUUCCAACGGCCAGCACGGUCUCGAGACAAAGGGCUACAAAACGGCCGGCCAGCUGCCCAAGUUCCCCUUCGUCGGCGGCUCCCCGACAGUCGCUGGCUGGGACAGCCCCAACUGCGGCAGCUGCUACGCGCUGACGUGGGAGAACAACACCAUCUACGUGACGGCCAUCGACGCCGCGCCCAAUGGCUUCAACAUCGCCUUGUCUGCCAUGAACCAGCUGACGGGUGGUCUGGCUCAGCAGCUCGGACGGGUGACGGCCACUUACACCCCGGCGGAUCCAUCCCAGUGUGGAUUCUAG